AUGAAGCUCCCGGCACUGCUGCUGGCUGCCUUGCUCUUCUCACAGAGCUUGGCGUUUGAGUUCAUUAUUGAAGGAGAGUGGGAAGAUGAGGUGUCAGAUCACGAUCAUCAUCUUAAAGAAACUUCCAGAUACAGAAGAAAUAUAUUGAUCAGCGAAGAGGAAGAGGACUUUGAGGCUGUUCGUGGAGAUGAUAUCACGGUUAAGAGCUAUAAGGUUGAGAGCCGGAUCACGUCACGGUUUGCUUACACCACUGUUCGAAGCUCAGUGGUGAACUCGGGCCCCAACGCACAGAGUAUUGGCUUCAAUGUGCAGAUCCCCAAACAAGCCUUUAUCAACAACUUCACCAUGAACGUCAACGGGAUCACAUUUGUCGGUUCAGUGAAGGAGAAAACUGUUGCUCGUAACCUGUACGCUCAAGCCAAAGCCCGUGAUAAAGCUGCAGGCAUCGUCAGGACUAACUCUCAGGACUUGGAGACUUUUAAAACAGAGGUCCAUGUACCUGCAGGCAGUAAGGUGGAAUUUGAGCUGCACUAUCAGGAGCUAAUGCAGAGGAAACUGGGUUUCUACACACACACUCUGCACAUACAGCCUGGUCGUUUGGUGCCACAUCUGCAGGUUGAUGUCUAUAUAUUUGAGCCGAAAGGCAUCAAGUUUGUGGAGGCACCGAAUACACUGGGUGAGCAUUUUGAAGGCCUGACUAAGAUUACACACACCAAAGACAAGGCCCAUGUGGUGUUCAAACCCAGCCUGCAGCAACAGCGCAAGUGUAGCAAUUGUACUGAUAGCGCUGUGGAUGGCAUAUUUACUGUCAAAUACGAUGUGGAGAGGGACAGCAAUGCAGCAGAACUGCAGGUGUCUGAUGGACAUUUUAUUAAUUUCUUUGCACCGUCCAAUCUCUUGCCUCUCUCCAAAAACAUUGUGUUUGUGAUUGACGUGAGCGGUAGCAUGUGGGGCAUAAAGAUGAAGCAGACAGUGGAGGCCAUGAAGACUAUCCUGGAUGACCUGACUGUGGAUGACUAUUUCAGCAUCAUCGACUUCAAUCACAAUGCUCGUUGUUGGAGCGAGGACCUCGUCCCAGGAACCUCUCUGCAGGUGGCAGAAGCCAAGAAAUACAUCCAGAACAUCAAACCGAAUGGAGGCACCAACAUCAACGAGGCUCUGCUGAAGGCGGUGCAGCUACUUUUGAAGGCACACAAUCAGGGCUUGAUUGAUCCCCGCUCUGUCUCGAUGAUCAUCCUGGUGUCUGAUGGAGACCCCACAGUGGGAGAGAUAAAGCUCAGCACCAUUCAGAAGAACAUCAAACGUGUUAUGCGUCAGGAUUUCUCUCUUUUCUCUCUCGGCAUCGGCUUUGACGUGGAUUUCGACUUCCUGCAACGCAUCGCCAUGGAAAACCGAGGCACAGCCCAGAGGAUCUAUGCAAAUCAUGAUGCUUCAGAGCAGCUGAAGACGUUCUAUAGCCAGGUAUCGUCCCCGCUCCUGAGGAAGAUUACUAUCCAGUUCCCCGAGGACGCUGUAACAGACGUCACUCAGAAUCAGUUCGAUAAGUUCUUCAAAGGCUCAGAGCUGGUUGUUGCUGGCAAACUCAAGCCCAGUGGGUCCAACACCUUGCAGAGCUUCACCACUGCCUCUGCUGCUACCAUUGACCUCAACAUUGAGACAGAGACAGACCUCAGUGAACUUGACACGUUGCUCAGCCAACAUCAGCAUUCAUUUGCUGGCUUCGCUCGCCAGAUGUGGGCCUACAUCACUGUCAAUCAACUGUUGGCAGAGCGCUCCGUGGCACCCACAGCAGCAAAGAAGCGAAAGAUCACGCAGCGGCUUCUCGCCCUGUCCAUAGAACAUCAGUUUGUCACUCCUGUCACUGCUUUACUGGUGGAGAGUGAGGACGGACCUGAGAGACUGCUGGCCGACUCGCCCAAGGACCCCAGACAUGGUUGCUGCCCUGGGGCAGUUGUUCCUCGUAAAACAGUGCAUUUGUACAGUAAUCCUCCUCCAGUCCAGCCUCAAUGGGCAAUCCCCACUUCAACACCAGGCCCGAGGAUGGCUAAAACAGUGGAUCCUGCAGUCACUGUCGUGGACAACGACCCUCAUUUCAUCGUCCACCUGCCCAAGAACAACAUGGACGUCUGUUUCAACAUCGACUCCAAGCCAGGACACAUCCUCAACCUGGUGUCCGACCCUGGAACAGGGAUUGCAAUCAAUGGCCAGUUGGUGAGUGGCAAGAAAAUGAAAAACAACAAACUGAACACAUACUUUGGCACCAUCUCUAUCUACACCCAAGCAGUGGGGUUGAACGUUGUGGUGAGCACCAGCAGGAUCGAUCUGUUGGAAGGCAAAAACAAUCACUCUUUUUCCUGGGGAGCCACAGCAAAUCUUAUCCUUAAGAGGGCGACAGUUUCCAUCAAGAAAGAGAGCAAGCUGACUGUGACGAUUGAUGGGAAGAUCUCAGUGACGGUGCUGCUGCAUCGCGUAUGGAAAAAGCAUCCAUUUAAUGUGGAUUUUCUGGGAUUCUACACACCUAGCAUUAACCAGUACUCCUCCCAGGCCCAUGGCCUGAUCGGGCAGUUUUCCAACGAGCCCAGCGUUAAAGUAUAUGACGUGCAUGAAGGAACAGAGCCAGAGAAGAAACAGGCCACCAUGGAAGUGAAGGGCAACAAGUUCACGGUCACCAGGGGCAAGCAAAAGGACUACCGCUGGGAUAACAAGCAAGGUUCAGAUGUGUAUUGCUGGUUCGUCCAUAACAGCGGGAAAGGCUUCAUCGAUGGCCAUUACACCAGCUAUAUUGUCCCCACCCUGGACAGCUUCCUCCCCCCUGUCUGA